AUUGGCACAACUGAAUCUGUUUUAAGAGCAGGCCAGCAUGAACAAUGUGAUAGUUGAGCUCGGACUGUCACUGGAUCAUCAAGAUGAAAAUAAUUUGUGUUGUUGUUCUGCUUUUAUUAGAUCUAUCAAACUGCUUUGCACAGUCAGAAGGAAACUUUCUGAUGUAUAGUGUGCAUUAUAACCAAUGCAUGACAAACAACCUGGAGCAGCUUUCUGUCUGUGACCCACACGCUGACUCACAACAGUUUCGCUGGAUUUCAAAGGAUCGCAUUUUAAACAUUUUCACAAAGAAAUGCCUUGGAGUUGGUAGUAAGACUGUGGGUAAAAUGCUGCAGUGGUUGAUGUGUGAAGACAACAAUGUUUUGCAGAUGUGGGAAUGCAAGAGCGAUUUAUUGCUUCGACUAAAGGAUGAAUCUCUGUAUCUUUCUGUGAAUGAUAAUGGUGUGCCACUCAUCUCUAAAGACACUGAAACAAAGAGUCAAUGGACAAUUCAGGGUACACAGAACAACAUUUGCUCUCGGCCUUAUGAAGAAUUAUACACAAUUCAUGGAAAUGCACAUGGGCGUCCAUGCCACUUUCCUUUCAAAUAUGAGGAUACAUGGUAUGCAGAUUGUACAAAUAUUCAUGGCCUUCAUAUAUGGUGUGCAGUCGAGUCUGACUACAGCGUUAACGAGCUGUGGGGCUAUUGCCCAACACGUGAGAUUCACUAUAGAGUAUGGGUGAAAAAUCCUCUAACAAACUUCUAUUACCAACUGAAUGAUGAGUCAAAACUGACAUGGCAUGAAGCAAACAAGAGCUGCCAGCAGCAGGGUGCAGAGCUCCUGAGUGUUUCUGAGCCUUAUGAAUACAUCUUUGUAUCAGGAAUGAUUGUGAAGAGACAACAUUAUCUGUGGACUGGACUUAACAAAGUAGAUGGGUGCAGUGGGCAGCAGAUGAGAAAUGGAAACCAAGAGCCAAAACCAGAUAACAUGUGUGAUGCCCUGAUAGCCAUUAUAGGUUUUGAAAUAAGAAAUGUACCUUGUUCAGAAAAGAAUGGAUACAUCUGCCAAAAAAGCCGCUCUGUCCUCACUGCCCCACCUGCAACAUCCCAAAAAGUUUCUGCAUAAAGAUUUAGCCAGUGAAGAACUGGAAUUCAGUGCCUCAGAGCCUUUGCCAUAAUAAGAUAAUGGACACAUAAAAAAGCAAAGUAAUAUCCAGUAUGUGCAGCACAUGAUUUUUAACACUAAGCAAUCUGCAAAGUUUACAUUUAUACACUUGGCAGAUGUUUUUAAGCUAUACAUUUAAUCAGUCUAUGUGUUCCCUGAGAUGUAACCAACAACCAUCUGUUCUGCUAACCCAAUGCUUUACCAACUGAGUUAUAGACCAUGUAUUUUUCUUUAUUAAAAAGUACUUGGUACUCAGUAUUCAACUAGUAUGAACAUACACUAAGUGUUCGUAACACAUGCAGUUAUCUUGUUGGGAUCAUACAGUCAACCAAAAGACAACAUACUGUAUGCUGGGGGAAAGCAUUUCCACUUGCCAUGUUGGAGACCAGCAAACCAGCAUCCCAUGAAGUCUGUAUGUACAUUAAAAACAAUUUAAGAUAAAUUAUAUGUAUGUAUCAUCUUUUUUGUUCCAAAUAAAACUUGUAAAAUACUA